AUGGAGAAAAGACUUGAUCGCUCUUAUAGAGCACUUCGACUACGGAAACGUACAACACCCUUAGCUUCUAUUCCGUGUUUACAAUGCCCAAUGAGUGGAGAAUGUACACCCGGUCAUGUAAUAUCACCAGAGAAUUGUGAAUAUUUUAGACAAUAUUUUGAACUUUAACGAAUAUUUUCUCUUUUAUUUUUUAAAUCGUUUUUGUUGUUUUUAUUCUACUAAAUUUGUGUUAAGAAAAAAUGUUUUAAUGG